UUACAUUUACACAAUUUUACAGUGAUUAUUAUUAAAAAAAUAUCUCUACACACACGUGUUCUUUCUUGUGCUUAUAGAAAAAAAAAGAAAAAAAAAACUCGUAAAAUACAACAAUCAUUAUUCUAUAAACAAUCAAUCGUCAAGAUGCAUCUAGAAAACACUCCACCAAGAUCACCAGAAAUUGUUGAGGAAGUAGAUGAAGAUGACAUGGUAUAUGUUGGUGAUGUUGAUGAAGUUCUUGAACAAUUAGAAGCUGAAGAAGCUGAUGAUGAAGGAAUGGAAGAAGAUGAAGAUGAUGAUGCUGUUACUGUUUUUAAAAAUCAUACAGGUUCUGUAUUUUGUGGUUCAUUGAGUAAAGAUGGAAAAUUAGCAGCAACUGGUGGUGAAGAUGAUAAAGCAUACAUAUGGAAUACAGCAACAGGUGAAAUUAUUCAUGAAUGUAUUGGUCAUCAAGAUAGUGUUAUUUUUGCUGAUUUUAAUUAUGAUGAUACAUAUGUUGCAACUGGUGAUAUGAGUGGAAUUAUACAAGUUUGGAAAAUGUCAAAUAAACAACGUAUUUGGGAUUUUAAUAUUGGUGAUGCACUUUGGAUGAAAUGGCAUAAACAAGCAAAUGUAUUAUUUGCUGGAUGUGUUGAGGGUGAAAUAUACAUGUGGAAAAUACCAACUGGUGAUUGUAAAAUAUUUCAAAGUUUUGGACAAAGAUCUGAAAAUGCUACACUUUCUGCUGAUGGUAAAAAAUUAGUAGCAGGAUAUGGUGAUGGAACAAUUCGUAUUUGGGAUUUAAAAGAAGGCACAGUUCAUACAACAAUACCACCUUUCUUAGGUCAUAAUGAAACAAUAACUGCAUUAGAUUGUCAACCUAAUGGACAAGUUACAAUAUCAGCAGCAGUUGAUGGUAAAACAAUAUUAAGUACAACACAAACUGGUAAAGUUAUUGGUGUAUUACAACAUUUACAAGGACAUCAUAAUACAGAAAAUAAUGAUGAAACAACAUCUGAUGAAGUUAAAAAUGAUGAAGCAUCAUCUAAAAAAGAUAAAGGUGAUUGGAUUGAGGCUGUAUCAUUUUGUAAUGAUCCAGAAAUGCAUAUGGUUGCAACUGGUACUGUUAAUGGAGAAAUAUUUAUUUGGGAUACUGUUAAACAAGUACUUAGAAAUAGAAUACAACAAGAAAGUGGAAUUAGUAAACUUGUAUGGAAAGCAAAUACUCCAUUUUUAUAUUCUGCUGGAUUAGAUGGUGGUUUAAGAUGCUACGAUGCAAGAACUGGACAAUGUGUCAAAUCAUUUUGGGGACAUCAUGAAGAUAUUCUAGAUCUCAGCGUAUCAAAAGAUGGAAAAACAAUUUUAACAACAUCUGAUGACAGUACUGCAAGAAUAUUUAAUAUGGAUUAAUUUAUAAAAUUUUUUUUCUUACUGAUUUAUAAAAAAAAAAA